AUGGCGAGCCAGGAGAAAGAUGAGAGCCAAUUGCAGCUCGCCCGCACGCUCAAGUACAUUCCCUGGUGCGAGCAGUACGAGAGGAUGGUGUCCGGGAUGCUCUACGACUCCUUCAUCCCGGAACUAGAAGCAGCCCGGUUCAAAGCCAAAGCCUUCAUCCACGACUACAACCACUACUUCCCCACCGGACCAGAUGCAUCGUUCCAAACCCUCACAAGCAACCGUCUGGAAAAACUAAAAGGCGUCCUGGGCCACGUUGGCGCCGACGACAUCUACAUCGACGCUCCCUUCACCAUCGACUACGGCUGCAACAUCUCCAUCGGCCCGCGCUUCUACGGCGCCUUCAACCUCACGAUCCUCGACUGCGCGCUCGUCGACAUCGGCGCGCGGGUCAUGAUCGGUCCGAAUGUUAGCAUCUUUACCGCGACACAUGAGACGGAGGUGCAGAGUCGGAGGGAUGAUGCGGAGUUUGCGAAGCCGGUGAGGAUUGGGGAUGAUUGUUGGAUUGGAGGGGGGUCGAUUAUUCUUCCUGGGGUGGCGGUUGGGAAGGGGUGUACGAUUGCGGCGGGGAGCAUCGUUACGAGGGAUGUGCCGGCUUGGAGUGUGGCGAUGGGGAGUCCGGCGAAGGUGGUGAAGAAAGUUACGGCGGUGGAUACCGCCGCUGGAGCAACUUGA